GGGAGAGUGAGUGCAGUCUUGGAGUUGCUCUCGUCUUCUGUAGCCGCCGAGUCAAUUCCGCCGGCACCAUAGUUUCCGUCGAACGGGAAAAGGACGCGGUUGUUUUCGGACCAAAAUUUGCAGUUAAGAGACGCGAGAACCUCCGGAUAACCGAUUUUCUUUGAAAAAAUGGCGGCGUUCGACUCGCCGGAAUACUAAAGAGCAUGAACAUAGGGGGAGGUGGAAGGGUUGCCUUGACGCCAUGUCUCUCCAGAAUCUCCUGUGCGGAGAAGACGCGAGCUUCGUCGACUCAGACGAAUGCGCCUUUCUCCCGUCCGAGACUGAUUUUCCAGCGACAGUGGAUGACGAUGAGGACGAAGACGAGUCGGUCGCGGUGUUCCUAGGCUUCGAGGGUGAGUUCUUGCCAGGGAUCGGUUUCCCGGCCAGCCUGAGGAGCCGCCCGUUUGAGGCCUCCGCUCGGCGGGAGGCCGUCGAUUGGAUCCUUGAGGUUCGCUCGUACUACAGUUUCAGUCCCCUGACGGCGUACCUGGCCGUUAACUACAUGGAUCGGUUCCUGUCCGUUCAUUGCUUGCCGCAAGCAAAUGGAUGGCCACUGCAACUGUUAUCGGUAGCUUGCUUGUCACUAGCUGCUAAAAUGGAGGAGACAGUAGUCCCUUCUCUGGUAGAUCUGCAGGUUGGGCAAACAAAAUUCAUCUUUGAACCCCGCACCAUUUGCAGAAUGGAGCUCCUGAUCCUGACCAAGCUGAAUUGGAAGCUGCGAUCUGUCACGCCUUUCAAUUUCAUUGAUACGUUCGCUCGGAAGAUCGAUUCGAGCCGACUGUUCACGAGAUUUCUUGUAUCCCGUGCGAACCAGCUAAUUCUUGAUACAAUCCGAGUGGUUGAUUUCGGGGACUUUCGACCGUCGUCCAUAGCUGCCGCUGCUGCUCUUCGUUCUGCUGAUGAGAUCCCAGAUCUUGCUAGGACUGAUCAUGGAAGUGCUGCAUCUUGGGGCACUGGAAUGGACAAGGAUAGCAUAAGCAACUGUUGUAGACUGAUGCAAAAUAAUUUGACUGAAAGUGACCAUAGGAGCGCGUCCAUGACUCCACCAAAAUUCAGAGUCACCAUUCCUCAAAGUCCCGUUACAGUGUUGGAGCGUAACGAAGGAUCCUCAGCAGUCUCUUCUUCACCUUCAUAUUCUUCCUCCAACAAAAGGAGAAGACUGAACUAAGAGCAGAAAAAUAAGUGAUGGUCAUAGUAAUAAAAAAGAAAAAAAAAAGUGGUAAAGAUGGGAAAAUAGUAUAGCCUGUGUAGAGUUGUUUGAGUGGUGCAGGACCCGAAGUAUUUUUUUCAAAGGGUUCCGAUGCUUGAUAACCAAAAACAAAAAAAAGGGAAAGACACCCAGCUACCGAUAUCUGUUCCGGGUGUUUUUUCGGAUAUUUGUUGUUUACAGCUUUUAAUUCCUUUUGGGCUUGUUUUUAUUAUUAUUAUUAUUAUUAUUUAUAUGUGGUAUUUUUCUGGAGGGGUUGAAAAUGAGGUGAAAAGAUAGGGAUGAAGAGGUCAAGGGUGGCAAUUAAUUGUCAGCUGAAGAAGAGGGAAUGGUGGGUUGUGUGUGGGGGUCCCCCAUGUUGGAGUUGCAAAGACAGGAAGGGGAAGACCUUGGAUGGAAAAGUGUGGUUUAUUGAGUCAUCAUGGGCAGGCAGGUUCCCCCACUCACCUACCAUCAAUGCAUUAUGGGUGUGUGCUGAUGAGGAGUGGGAGUUGAGUGUGAUUGAUUUUUGAUUCAUUUUUAAUGUAAUUUCUGGUUGUUUCUCAUAAUAUCAAUUAAUGAAUUCUAUUGGUUUCAUAUAA